AACAAUUACAAUUUCGUUCAUCUCUUUUGGCAGUAUUUUAUAAUAAUAAAAAAAAAAAUCUAACAAAAGAAUACAGAAAGUUGCAACGUGAAGGAAUUGUCAGAAAAGUUGUCGUUGAGGUUGUUGUAGUUGCUGGUGUAUUAAUUUGACAAUACGUAAAUAUAAGUAAACUAACUUGCGAAAAAUGAUGGACGGCACGGACGACACAACUGCAAUUGAAAAUAUGCGAAAAAGUAUAUCUGCUCCUUUGGGUGUCGAGACGCCGACUACAGCCAGCAAUCUCACAACAAUGGAGAUAGCUUCUCCUACGCUGCAUCGAGAAAGUGACGGUGCUAAUCCGUUAACAACUAGCACAAAUAACGGCAGUGGUACAGCCACCUCUGAAUCAUCUUCAUCAGCAAUUACUCCUGCUGCUUUAGCGGAAAACACGCUGCAUGUCGAAAUUUCCGACGCAUUAAGUGAAAAAGACAAGGUUAAAUUCACAGUGCAUACGCGUACCACUCUGCCCGGCUUUGCUAAACAAGAUAAUAAUGUAGUACGUCAACAUGAAGAAUUCGUUUGGCUGCACGAUCGCUUCGAAGAGAAUGAAGAAUAUGCUGGCUAUAUUAUACCACCAUGUCCGCCACGCCCAGAUUUUGAUGCCUCUCGAGAAAAAUUGCAGAGACUUGGUGAAGGCGAAGGCAAUAUGACGAAAGAAGAGUUUAAAAAAAUGAAAUCCGAACUCGAAGCUGAGUACUUGGCCACCUUCAAAAAAACCGUUGCUAUGCAUGAAGUUUUCUUACGCCGACUCGCAAAUCACCCAGUAUUUCGUUUGGAUCAACAUUUGAAAGUGUUUCUCGAAUACGAUCAGGAUCUCUGCGCAAAGCCGCGUAAGAAAAUGGCUAUACUCGGUGGAUUUGUUAAAUCGUUGGGUAAGACCACAGACGAAAUAUUGAUGAGCGCUACAGUGCGGGACGUAAACGACUUCUUCGAAAACGAACUACAAUUCCUCAUUGAAUAUCAUGGGCAUUUACGUGAUGCUGCAGUGCGUACAGAGAAAAUGACACAACGCCAUAAAGAAGUGAGUGAAUGUCAUCAGAAAAUCUCGAAUGCGCUAAUGCAACUGUCGACAGCAGAGAAGGGGAGCAUGGAGACAUUUUGUGCCAAAUCUGCGGAAAUAUUUGAAAAGAUUAAGAAUUUGGAAGCUCGCGUCGCUAGUGAUCAGGACUUGAAGCUUGGUGAUACACUGCGUUACUACCAGCGUGAUAGCGAUGCGGCCAAAGCACUUCUAAUACGCCGCUUACGUUGCUUGGCAGCGUAUGAAGCAGCCAAUCGAAAUUUAGAGAAAGCUCGUGCCAAAAACAAGGACGUACAUGCUCCUUUGGAUGUUCAAGAGGCUGAAACAGCGCAAGCAGAAGCAUGUGAGAAAUUCGAAUCAAUGUCCGCAUGUGGAAAAGAGGAGUUGGUUGGAUUUCGCAAUCGCCGUGUAGCAGCCUUUAAGAAGGGGUUGGUCGAGCUUGCUGAGCUGGAAAUCAAGCAUGCACGCACUCAAUAUGAAUACCUUCGCCAAUCGCUCUUGGCAUUAAAAGAAAUAGCCUGAACUACUGAUUUGUAAUUGCUACAAUCUUCUCAACAUCUACGUUCAUUUUUACGUACAUACAUAUAUUCAAUAUAUAUUAAUGCCACACUAAUAUCAAUAUUACAUAUAUACAAUAUGAACACAUAAAUUAUGUAUACAGUUAAAGUAUUUCUAAAAAAUGUAUUUAUGAGCUCUAAGCAUAAAAUCCAUAUUGAUUUUAUACAACGACGCAACGUGAAAAAACAAUCUUAAGAUGCAACUAUUCACAAAAUUUCAAAAUUUAUUAUAUUGUAAUCGAGGAGCAUUCCAAACUGAUUAGCUUAUUUAAUUUCAAAUAAAAGUAUUUACCUUAUUGUGAA